AUUUUCCUAUCGCUUUACAUUUUUAAUACGCGUGUGUUAUAAAAAGUGUUAUACAAAAUACAAAAAAAAGUUAAAGUGCAAAAAUGAGUGAAACAGCAGCAAAUGAAGCAGGCGGCGAUGCUGCCACAGUUCCAGGCAACUCCAGUUCCAGCUGGGAAAGCUGCAACAGAAGCGGAUACGGAACCUGGAACAGCAUCGAAAAUACCCAAAGGACCAAAUCGCUCCAAUAUUCCUACGCCGGCAGCAUCAGUGACGGGUAUACCCGUCAUCAAGCAAAGACCGCCCUCGAAUUUUGGAUCCAGCAAUUCAAUAUCGAAAAUCGGGCGACCUUGUUGUACACACACAACACCCAAGUCAGGCCCUCCACCCAGAGACACAAACAGCAUGAGUCGUGAAAGCGAUGACAAUUUGAGUUCGAUCAAUUCAGCGUAUACAGAUCACAACAGCGCCGUGCUGACAGCCAACACAGAGCAGUUUAUAAUUGGCCAACGUGUGUGGGUGGGCGGACUUCGUUCUGGCCAAAUAGCCUACAUUGGCGAAACACACUUUGCCCCCGGCGACUGGGCGGGCAUUGUGCUCGAUGAACCAAAUGGCAAAAACGAUGGUUGCGUCUCGGGCAAACGUUACUUUCAGUGUGAGCCCAAGCGUGGCAUCUUCUCGCGUCUCACACGUCUCACCACAUAUCCGAUGUCGGGCGCCAUCACACCCACCUCGCCCCUGGCCAAGAACUCCCCGGAACGUUCUCGCACCGUCUCACCCACAGCGAGUGUGCGCAGCUCCAUGUUGCGCAGCCCUGGCAUUGGCAAAAACGGUUUGACAGUUGGCGAUCGCGUUAUUGUCUCCUCGGGCUUUGGCAGUCGACCUGGCAUCUUGCGUUAUCUGGGCGAAACACAGUUCGCACCUGGCAAUUGGUGCGGCGUCGAAUUGGACGAAGGCAGCGGCAAGAAUGAUGGUGCCGUUGAUGGCAUUAGAUACUUUGAGUGCAAACCGAAGUUUGGGGUUUUUGUGCCGAUUGCGAAGGUGUCGCUAUCGCCAUCCACUAAGAAGACGCGUCUGUCGCGCACCGGUUCGCGCGAAUCUCUAACCUCGAUUGGCACCAUGAACAGCAUUGCCACCACAAACACGUCGCGCAUGCGCAUGAAUGCUCAGCGCAAAUCGAGCACGCCCCUAAGGCCAAUUGUAACGACGCCAAAAAAUCAAUUUUCCAUGCAGGACUUGCUCCGUGAGAAGCAGAAUCAUGUGGAGCAGCUGAUGGUGGAGCGUGAUCUGGAUCGCGAGGAUGCCCAAAAUCAGGCGCUGCAGCUGCAAAAGAACAUCAAUGAGCAACUGCUGAUCGAGGCCGAUCGCUGGAGGCAGCUGAUAGCCCGCCAUAGCAUUCGUCUGAGCGAUCUGCGACGCGAGUUCCGUGGCUGGUCGGGCAAACAUGAGAGGCACUGUAUACUGCACAGUGUCCUGACACCGUUGCGCAUCAAGUAGAAGUUUGGAUACCCCUCUCUCUCUCUCUCUCUCUCCACACGUGCUCAAAGUUGUUUACAAAAGAAAAGAAAAAACUUUGAUUGAUUUUUAUUCGCCUGGCAACCAAGAUGUUGAAGAUCGCGAUGAAGUUAAAGUUGAAGAUGAAUUUGAUGUUUGAAGCGGAAGUCUGCACAGCGUUUUAUGCUGAAACAACCAAAAAAUAUUUACCAUAUCUUCUAUCACAAAAAAAAAAGAUUUGAAAACAAAAGAAAAGAAUGAAAAAAAAGAGCCACAAAAUUCAAAUUGAAUUUCAAAUUUAAAUGGUUGAAUUUUUUAUUUGGCCAUUGAUACGAAAGAAUUUGGAUUGAAUGAAUGAAUAUAUAUUGAUGAAUAUACAUACAUAUAUAAUAUAUACUUAAUAUGGAAAUUGGAAAACCUGUAUAAAUUUAUUUUGUAUGAAAGCGAAUUUUCUUGCUGUUGGUUUAGUUGUACGAUCCUACGAUAAAAAAACAAAUACAAAUACUUAACUAUUUACGAUAUAAAAAAAAAAAAAACAAAAAUACAUACAUUAACGAUAUAUCAAAAAUAUACGAUAUAAAAAUAUUA